AUGGCAGUGACCGAGGUUAUCACCCUGUCAUCAUCGCCACCAGGGACACCUGCGCGACAAGCAAGCGCACAACACGGACACCCAUUGCGCUUCAGCGACGAGCACGGAUCGGGCGACGAGCACGGAUCGGAUGACGAGCAUUUCUUCGACAGCCCUAACGAUGUUGAUCUUUCACUGAUAUACAGCGAUCGCUUGCCUCAGCUUCUACAGCCAUCAUCUGCUGUCAAAGCUAUGAGAAAUCAAUCAUCUGCGCCUGUCAAGUCAUUACUCUUGCAAGACCCGAAAACAUCUCCCACUCGACAAGACAGUGGUCUUCGCGAUAGUGCAUUAUUCGAUGAUAGUAUUUUGAUUGACGACAUCGAUUUUCCCAACGAGCAGCCUGCUAAGAAGAGAAGGCUCAGUCCACCGACAAAAAGCUUAGCCGUCAAAUCACUAGAAAGUGUCAACAGUAUUGUCUUUGACCUUUCUUCCGAACCCGAUAUUGUUCCUCAGACGUGCAAGAUGCGCAUGUCUACUGAAACCAGUAACACGAACACAACAAGCCACGAUUUAUCAGAUAAUGGCGACGACCUGCCAGAACUUACGGGAUUGAUAAAGAAAACUUCGUCUGUUGUCGAACGCCGUCGAGUUUCUCCACUACAGAACCGUUCCCGAUUCGAUGAAGGGCCGAUAGAGUUGUUCUCUGACGACGAUGAGGCUGGACACGACCCUGUUGUAGGCUCUUCGCAGUUGCUGAGGAGGUUCAAGCCUGCCACACAUGCUACUAAUACCACAAUCCUAGUGCAAUCCUCAAAGACGAAACACAAAAAGUCGUCGAGCAGUUCCCAACGAUCAAGCAGUACGACAACGAACUUGACCUCAUACACAAAAGUGAGCAAAUCCGCCAGGACUAGUAAAGUGCCAAUAGACGACUUAGAUAACAUCUUCGAUUCGUCCCAAUUGGGUGGUGCUAAAUCAGCUCGAAGUCCUGACAAAACAACGCAGACAGGCAAGGCAUCCAUGCGUCAAGCGAAGACUUCCACCAAUAAGAAUGCAGAAGCAGAAAACAACCGUUUGGACAAGGAACGUAAAGCUGCCGAAAAAGAGGCAGAGAAGGAGCAAAAGCGCCGCGAAAGAGAACGAAAGGCCGCUGAAAAACAGAGAGCUACUGAUAUUGCGGAAGUCAACAAGCGAAAGACAGACAAGAAGGUGUCAGUGGAGGAGAUGAUCACAGAUCUGCCGAAAGCGAUGAAAGGAAAGAAAUUGGGCAACCAAGUUGAGGCCGAAAUGGCCAAAAUCGAGGCAGAAUUCUCAUACUAUGCCGACGAACUCGAUAUGACUGGCGAGACAGCAAAGCCUAAGAAGCUAGGAAAUAUUAUCAAAUGGAGACGAAAGAUCACUGCCACAUACGACGGGCCUAGCGAGGAAUGGGUGCCGCUAGAGCGUCCCAAAACCGUAUCAGAGAAGCACAUCCUCGUCCACCUCAUAGCAGAAGACUUUUGCUUGAUCGCUGCCGCAGGACCAGACGGCUCGCAUGCAAACACAACAGCAGACAGUAUCCCUACCGAAGCUCAAAUGAAAGACAACCUAGACACGUACAUCACCGUCCUUCGCUCUCAGCACGCAGACCACACGAUCAUGCUCCUCCUCCAAGACCUCACUUCACAGAUCAAGAAAAUCGCCAACGCCAAAAACAGAGCCUACACAGCCGCAGUCCGGGCACAACCCAACCCUUUCGAACCAACCUCGUCCGCGCCCACCACUACCACCGCCACCUCUCAAGAUGCGCCACCACCUACCAGCACUAGCACCAGCCGCACAUCCUCCAAGAAACGCAAACAACCCUCUUCCUCCCAACCCGGCCUAUCCUUCUUCACCCCAGACCUCGCCGAAGAACUCCUCCUCCACCUCCAACUCACGCACCAACCCCUCUCAAUCCACCACACCACCUCCGCCGACGCCUACAAGGACAUCGUCGCCUUCACCCAACACCUCUCGACGCGCCCCUACCGCACCGCCGAGCUAGAUCGAAACCUGCACCACGCAUCCUUCUGCACGGCAUCCGGACAGUUCCGCACCGGUCAAGGCGAUCCAACCGAGACAUGGAUCCUGAUGCUCGAGCAGAUCAAUAGACUCACCAAAUCCAUGGCGUUGGGGAUCAUUGAUGCGGGGUAUGAUUCUCCUGCGGCGUUGGUGGAGGGGUUUAGGCGCGAGGAGAGGAGUGUGAGUGUGACGGGGGGUGGGAGGAGUUUAGGCGGGGACACGAUGGGGGAGAGGGAGGGGAGGGAGAGGGCGAGGGUGUUGUUGGAGGAUGUGAGGAGGAGGAAUGGACGGGGAGUGGAGGUUGGGGAUAGGAGGUUGGGACCGCAGAUUAGUAGGAGGUUGUAUAAGGUGUUUAUGGGGAGGGACGCGGAGGUGAGGGAUGGGAUUGCUUGA